AUGAUGGUUUGCGAGAAUACUGCAAUUAUGACAAUGGAACAAAAAGACGUUGGCGCGGGCAGCCGUUCUUGGGCUGAUGAAGCUGAUUCUCAUCAUUUGCAGUCUCAGUGUUCUUUUAACAACAGUCUAACAGAGGGCGAUUCUCGAAGGGACAUCUCCUUGGAAUUUAUUGAUAAUGUAAAUGAACAAAAAUUUGAGCGUCUUUUAAAGGAGGAGAAACUAAAAACACCAUUUAAGAGACGCCACUCCGAAACGCCGAGCAUUGAUACACGUUCCAACAGCCCGAAUAGCAGCUGUGACAGUAAUAUUAGCAAUGACGCUGAUCACACUCGGUACUUUAACAGUCACAAGAACGAAAAACGCGCUAGGCAAAAUAGUUUUACAUCGUCUUCUUCAUCAUCGUCCUCAUACACGGAGACUGAUGCUGCCGUGCUCUCACGCCGACAAAAACAAAUUGAUUAUGGCAAAAAUACUGUAGCAUAUGAAAGAUAUUUGGAAAUGGUUCCCAAAGCGCAACGUAACCGUGAUCAUCCUCGCACACCUAAUAAAUACGGCAAAUAUAGUCGUAGAGCUUUUGAUGGACUUGUAAAAAUAUGGCGCAAACAAUUGCACUAUUACGAUCCACCAAAUGCAAACCAAUCCACGCGUAGUAAAGAAUCUGCUGUUGCAUCAAGUAGCGAUUCCGACUCCGAUUAA